AUGUCGUCGGAUAUCCCCUCCCACCCAGAUCUGACAUCCCCCCAUCCGCCGUUCUCAUCGCUCCCGCUCGAUCCCAACGGUCCACGGGGCAAUGCGUGGGGUAGGUUUGGAGAUGCCGACCAAUUGGGCAUGCUGAAUCUCUUGACGCCUCCGGUCGUCGCAGCUGCCGCCCAAGAAAUCGUCUCAGGCGUCCGCAUCUCCCUCGACUGGCCGCUCAACAAACCACUCUACCCCAGCUAUGGUAGAGACCCAUAUCAGCACGAAAUCAAGCAGCGAGGGGGUCCCGAUCGCGUGGUCAAUGAUGACAUCCUGAGCUUCAACACUCAGAUAAGUUCCCAAUGGGAUGGUUUCAGGCAUUAUGGAUACUUGAAAGAGCAACGGUAUUACAAUAAUACCACUCACGACCAGAUUCACUCGUCUUCUACAAUAGGCAUCGAUGCCUGGGCCUCCAAAGGUGGCAUCGUAGGUCGCGGCGUCCUCCUCGACUACCACUCCUGGGCCCUCAGAAAUUCUACGCCCCUCGCACCUCUGUCCUCUACAGCGAUACCUUUCUCACAUCUCCAACGCGUCAUUGCCGACCAAAACGUCACUUUUCGCGCAGGCGAUAUCCUCUUCAUCCGUAGCGGCUUCACUGCGGCCUAUAACGCUCUUUCCACUGCCGAGCAGCUUGCACUAUCUAAACGACCGAGCGCCGAUUUCAUGGGUGUCGAGCCUACAGAGGAGGUUCUAGAAUGGCUUUGGGAAACUCAAUUCGCUGCGGUCGCUGGAGAUUCGCCUUCGUUUGAACGCUCACCCGUGGGGUGCGGGAAGUAUAAGUAUGAUCCCCCGCCACCAGUCGUGCUGCAUGAGUGGUUACUUGGGGGAUGGGGGAUGCCUAUUGGAGAGAUGUUUGACUUGGAGGAACUGGCUAACCAUUGUUCGUGA